AUGAAGUUCGCCCCGAGCUGUGGCUGUGCCCGUGCCCGCUCCGGCCGCCGCCAGCCCGCGCUGCCGAUCCUGCUGCUGCCGCUGCUGCUGCUGCUGCCGCGGGCCGCCACCGUCCCGCUGCCCGGGCCGCAGGACUCCUCGGGGGCCGAGCCGGAGGAGCGGCGGCGGCGGCGGCGCUGCCCCACAGCCUGCGGCUUGGCGCAGCUGCUGCGCGACCGGGCGGCUCAGCUGCAUGCGAAGAUGUGCGAGAAGUUCACCGUCUGCGAGAACAGCGUGGAAAUGCUCCUCCAGAACAACCUCAACCUCCCCAGAGUGACGGAGGAAGACGGGUGUCUGCAUGCCGGCUUCGAUGAGGAUAAAUGCUUGAAAAAAAUCUCCAGUGGGCUUUAUACAUUUCAGACAUACCUCAAAUACGUGCAAGAAACUUUUAUUAGUGAAAACCAAAACCUUGAAUCGCUAUGCUAUAGUACAGAGCACCUGGCACAUACCAUAAGACAAAUGGUGAUCAAUCCCGAAGAAGUGAUCAUCCCAGAUGCAGCUACCCAGGAAUCCCUCCGCACAAAGCUGAAGUCCAGUAAGACCUGGAUAGAGAAAAUCACCACCCACCUCAUCCUCCGAGACUUUACUUCAUUUAUGGAGAAAACAGUGAGGGCUGUGCGCUAUUUGAAAAAUACCAGGAGUUUCAGUGCCUAAAUGUUUUAGUUCAGGCACAAUCCUUUG